AUGGCGCUGGAAAUAGGCAUCACCCUUUUUCUGAUUACCACCGUCACUCUUCUAAUUUAUCUGAUUACAUGGUGGAGAAGGAUAAAGCACAGGAAUCUCCCUCCAGGUCCUACACCUCUGCCCCUGCUGGGGAACAUAAUGCAGCUCAGCACCACAGAAACCCCUAAAGCUUUGAUAAAGAUGAGUGAAACCUAUGGACCUGUGUACACUUGCUAUUUGACCAGCAUUCCUGUAGUUAUAUUGGUUGGGUACAAAACGGUGAAGGAGGCAUUGGUUGAACACAGUGAUGCAUUCGGUAAUAGAGGAGAUAUGGACCUGUUCAGCUUAUUGUUCAGACGAUCCGGGAUUGUCAUGAGUAAUGGAGAAAGGUGGAAGGCCAUGAGACGCUUCUCUCUAAUGACCCUGCGGAAUUUUGGAAUGGGGAAGAGAAGCAUUGAGGAAAGGAUCCAGGAAGAGGCCCAGUAUCUGACAGAAAAAUUCUCAGAGAACAAAGAUACCCCCGUUGACCCAACAUAUCUGCUGGGAUUGGCUGCAUCCAACAUUAUUUGUUCCAUUGUGUUUGGGAAGAGAUUUGACUAUGAGGACAAGAAAUUUAUGACCCUCCUUGAAUACAUUAGAGAAACUUUCAGGGGACUGAACUCCCGGGCUGGCCAGAUUCUUAACAUGUUUCCCAAUUUGCUGAGCAAGGUUCCUGGACCCCAUCAGAAAAUUUUCACCAAUUUUGAAAAGUUGAGGGAGUUUGUGAGGGAGACAGUGAAGUCGCACCGAGAUGUUCUGGAUGAGAACUGUCCACAGGACUUCAUAGACUCUUAUCUAGAUGAGUUGUCGCCUGAGAAAAAGAACCCGAACACAGAAUUUCAUGAGGAGAACUUGUUGGCAUCAGUUCUUGACUUGUUUUUUGCUGGCACUGAGACUUCAAGCUCUACUCUGAGAUAUGCUUUCCUAAUAAUGCAGAAAUUUCCAGAGAUACAAGAGAAAGUUCAGAAAGAAAUUGAUACCGUAAUUGGACAAGAUCGCCUUCCCUCUGUGGAGGACAGGAACAAAAUGCCAUAUACAGAUGCAGUUAUACAUGAGAUUCAGAGAUUUGCUGAUAUUCUUCCAUCAGGAUUACUUCAUGCUACCAGCAAAGACAUCACCUUCCAAGGAUAUAACAUUCCCAAGGACACCUUGGUUGUUCUUUCCCUCACAUCUGUAUUGAAAGAUCCUAAUUUUUUUAGGAAUCCUACUGAGUUUGAUCCUGCACACUUUCUUGAUGAGAAUGGAGCCUUCAAGAAGAAUGAUGCCUUUAUGCCAUUUUCUGCAGGUAAACGCGUGUGUGCAGGAGAAGGUCUGGCCCGUAUGGAGCUUUUCUUGUUUUUCACUGCUGUACUCCAGAGAUUUACUUUGAAACCUACACUGGACAAGAAGGACCUAGAGAUCACCCCAGAACCCAACACCAACGGUUCAAGAGCUCGAAAUUAUAAGUUGUUUGCUGUCCCUCGGUGA